AUGGAGAUCAACAUCCAGAUCAAAAACGCGCAACCAGAAGACCUGCUGCAGGCGUUUGCGGCAUUGAGCGGUGGAUCCACAGCUUCGGCACCGUCGGCGGCACCUACCUCCACUGAGCAUGGGAGACCGCCCUUGAAAAGAAUCCGCGAAGAAGCCCGAGCCACGACCGCGGCAACAAGGAGAUCCCCGAGCCUAUUAUUUAGUCACGAAGAACUUCGUGCGCUCCAGGCAGCAAACCCGCAGGGAGUUGUGCAAUCAUUUGCAGAUGUUGCGGAGGACACCGAGACCGGGCAGAGUGCAGCUGGAUCAGGGGCCAAGGCCAAGAAGAAGGCGCAGCCGUUUUCGGCAUUCCGGAAACACGAGGGACGCACAAUGACUGCCAGCCUUGCCAAUGACAUCGCACAGUGCAUCCUCCGGACCUUCCAGGCCGCUGCUCGUAAGGAAGAGGCGCAUGAGCUCGCGAUCUCCAAGACGCAGCCCUCCAAGAUGCAGCCCCACAAGGCGACAUCGCAGCGACUCCAGACCUUCCAGACCAAGGGCGAAAUUGAAAUCCAGAUCGCACACUCCCAAGACAAGAUCCAGAUCCCGCACUCCCAGGACAACAUCCAGAUCCCGCACUCCGAGGACAACGAGGCAUUCUAG